AUGUUGGAGAAUCUAACCACUUUAACCAUAAGCAAGUGCAAGAAGCUGAAACAUAUACUCUCAUUUACUCUUGCUCAGGGGUUGGGUCAAUUGGAAUCACUUAGAGUAUGUGAUUGUGAGAAUUUGGAACAAGUAUUUUAUUUGGAUCAUGAAAGAGAAGAGUAUGUAGGUGGAGGAGAUCAUAAGAACAUCGUGCUUCCAAAAUUGAAGAUUUUAGAUCUACUAAGACUUGCAAAGCUAGUAAGCUUUUUUCCAGAAAAAUAUGAUGCAUGCUGUCCAGCUUUGGAAGAGUUCAGAGUAAAAGACUGUUCCAAAUUUACUACAACUUUCAUUGUUGAAGAGUUUCAGAAUCUGCAGGUUCUAGAGAUGAGUAAUUGCGUCAAUUGUGAGAUGGAAUUCUCUCUGGGUUGA